UGGCGCGAAAAAAGGGAGCUCCCACCCUUCCCCACCAUUAAUCUCUUCCCUGGAAAACAAAACAGCCGCUGUUCUUCCGUGUUCUUGAUCCACCGACGACCGUCCUCGAUCGAGUGGCAAUUUCGUUCCUUUUGGGGAGGUCUUGCGACAUGAUCUGCUGACCGUCCCCCCCAAAUUAACACCCCCGCGCGCCAUCCACUCGGGCGGGAACAAGAAUGUCUUGCUGCGGCAGCGCCGAGGAGGACACCUACGGCCCGCCGGCCAACCAAGCCGCUCCGCCGCCCAAUGUCAAUAACCCCGGGAACAGAGGCGGGCCGAGAGGGCCGGGCGCCCAGAGGCCCGGUGGGCCGCCCAAGGUGGUCAACAUCGACGUGCCGGCCAUUCCGCUGGACGAGCUCAACAAGAUGACCAACAACUUCAGCGAUCGCUCCCUCAUCGGCGAGGGAUCCUACGGCCGCGUCUACAACGGCACCCUCAGCGACGGCCGCGCCGCCGUCAUCAAGAAGCUCGACUCCAGCACCUCGCAGGAAUCCGACGCUGAAUUCUCCGCUCAGCUAGCGAUGGUCUCCAAGCUUAAGAACGAGUACUUCCUGGAACUCGUGGGCUACUGCAUGGAGGAUGGCAACCGCAUGCUAGCCUAUCAGUUUGCGACCAUGGGUUCUUUGCAUAACAUCUUGCACGGCAAGAAAGGAGUGCAGGGCGCUGAACCCGGGCCGGUCCUCAACUGGGCUCAGCGCGUGAAGAUAGCUUACGGAGCGGCGAGGGGGCUAGAGUACCUUCACGAGAAAGUCCAGCCGUCUAUUGUUCAUCGAGACAUUCGAUCGAGCAAUGUCCUAAUAUUCGACGAGUUCAGCUCCAAGAUUGCGGAUUUCAACCUGACGAACCAGGGCACUGACAGCGCUGCUCGGUUGCACUCGACUCGUGUGCUAGGAACCUUCGGAUACCACGCUCCAGAAUAUGCUAUGACAGGGCAAAUUAACCAAAAGAGCGAUGUCUACAGCUUCGGUGUGAUCCUACUAGAGCUACUGACCGGAAGGAAACCUGUCGAUCACACCAUGCCGAAAGGGCAGCAAAGUCUUGUUACUUGGGCCACUCCAAGGUUGAGCGAAGAUAAAGUGAAACAGUGUGUUGAUCCGAAGCUUAACAACGACUACCCUCCAAAAGCCGUUGCCAAGCUAGCAGCAGUGGCGGCGCUGUGCGUCCAGUACGAAUCUGACUUCCGGCCGAACAUGACGAUUGUCGUGAAGGCAAUCCAGCCCCUUCUCAACCAGAAACCCGCUGGGCCUGCCAUCGAGGCGCCGAGACCCUGAGCAAUCCGGCGAGAAGGAUUUAUUUCCGUGCUAGGGAUGUAGAAAAGAAGCGUGAACUCGCAUGGUUCCCCGUGUUCCUGAUCAUUGCCUAACCCCAGAGGAAGGAGACGUGCGUCCUUGAUCCAAAUAUCAACAACUCUUCGUGCUUUCUGUAAAACAGACGCUGAUCGAUCCAUUGGUACUGCAGGUUUUUCGUAUAGAGAGGCAUUUUGCUGACUGGUGUAAUGGAUUAAUAUACGCUAUUGUUUGUCAUGUGCUGUGUACCUUAAGGUCCUUAGCUAAGUUUAGCUCCUCUUCCUCAAUAACUUGGCAAGGAUUGCAUGUUGCACUCUUUGCUGUAUUUUUUUCCUUAGUUGUAACUAUCUGGGAACUCCAUAGGCUAAACUGUUCAUGAGUUGAAAAUUUAUUGUGGAAGAAAAUAUCUCUAAGGGGAUUCACCAAA